CAAGGAAACGUUGGGGCCAUGGACGAGCAGAGCGUUGAGAGUAUUGCUGAAGUGUUCCGAUGUUUCAUUUGUAUGGAGAAAUUGCGUGAUGCACGCCUGUGUCCACAUUGCUCCAAGCUGUGCUGUUUCAGUUGCAUUCGGCGUUGGCUGACAGAACAAAGAGCCCAAUGCCCUCACUGUCGGGCUCCACUCCAGCUGCGGGAGCUUGUCAACUGUCGCUGGGCUGAGGAAGUGACCCAGCAGCUUGACACGCUUCAGCUAUGCAAUCUCAACAAGCAGGAAGAAAAUGAAAAGGACAAGUGUGAAAAUCAUCAUGAGAAACUGAGUGUGUUUUGUUGGACAUGUAAGAAAUGCAUCUGCCACCAGUGUGCUCUCUGGGGAGGAAUGCACGGGGGGCAUACAUUUAAGCCAUUAGCUGAAAUUUACGAACAACAUGUCACAAAAGUGAAUGAAGAGGUGGCAAAGCUUCGCCGGAGGCUCAUGGAGCUGAUCAGUUUGGAGCAAGAAGUGGAAAGGAAUGUAGAAGCUGUGCGCAGUGCAAAAGAUGAGCGUGUUCGGGAAAUCAGAAAUGCAGUGGAGAUGAUGAUUGCUAGGUUAGACACUCAGCUGAAGAACAAACUUAUAACACUAAUGGGGCAAAAGACUUCACUCACCCAAGAAACGGAACUCCUAGAGUCCCUGCUGCAAGAAGUAGAACACCAGCUACGCUCAUGCAGUAAAAGUGAACUGAUACUGAAAAGCUCCGAGAUCUUGAUGAUGUUCCAGCAGGUGCACAGGAAGCCCAUGGCCUCUUUUGUCACCACUCCUGUCCCUCCAGAUUUUACGAGUGAGUUAGUACCAGCCUAUGAUUCCACUACCUUUGUCUUGGAGAAUUUCAGCACUUUGCGCCAGAGGGCAGAUCCCGUGUACAGUCCACCUCUUCAAGUUUCUGGGCUAUGCUGGAGGCUAAAGGUUUAUCCAGAUGGAAAUGGAGUUGUUCGAGGCUACUAUUUGUCUGUAUUUCUUGAGCUUUCUGCUGGAUUGCCAGAAACAUCCAAGUAUGAGUACCGUGUGGAAAUGGUCCAUCAGUCAACAAAUGAUCCUGCUAAAAACAUCAUUCGAGAAUUUGCAUCUGAUUUUGAAGUUGGGGAGUGCUGGGGUUACAACAGGUUCUUUCGAUUGGACUUGCUUGCGAAUGAAGGCUACCUUAACAGGCAAAACGACACGGUCAUAUUAAGGUUCCAGGUGCGUUCACCUACCUUCUUCCAGAAAUGUCGGGACCAGCACUGGUACAUUUCUCAGCUAGAAGCUGCUCAGGCAAGCAAUGUCCAACAAAUAAAUAAUCUCAAAGAGAGGCUUGCAAUCGAGCUGUCCCGUACCCAGAAAGCCCAUGGCAUGUCUCCUCCAGACUCUCACCUCAGCCCACAGAGCGAUGACUGCCCAGAAGCAAGACCCAAAAAGUCUGGACCAAACUCAGAAGUGCGUCUUGAGACUGUGGCUGCGACAGCAGGUCCCCGAGAUGCCAAGGACGAAGAAGAGGAGAAAGUGCAUUAUGAAGACUUUAAUCAUGAGCUCUCAGAUGGAGAUCUGGAUGUUGAUGUUGCUGGGGAGGAUGAAAUGAACCACCUGGAUGGCAGCAGUUCUUCUGCUAGUUCAACAGCCACCAGCAACACAGAGGAGAAUGAUAUCGAUGAAGAGACCAUGUCUGGAGAGAAUGAUGUGGAAUACAGCAACCACAUGGAGUUGGAGGAAGGAAACCUCAUGGAGGAAGCAGCUUGUGCUGUGGCUGGCGCAUCAGGCGGGAGCCAUGGCUAUCCUACCACAAGCAGCCGUAUGUCAAGGCGGGGAGGAAGUGCGCUGGGCUCUUCUUCCAGUACCAGUUUACUUGACAUAGACCCCUUGACUUUAAUACACUUGUUGGACCUGAAAGACAGAAACGGGAUGGAAAACUUGUGGGGUCUACAGCCACGCCCUCCAGCUUCCCUUCUACAGAACAGAGCGUCUUAUUCUCUGAAAGAGCGGGAUCAGCGGAGGCACCAGGCCAUGUGGCGUGUCUCACCAGACUUGAAGAUGCUGAAGAGGUUGAAAAGUCAGAUGGCCGAGGUCCGCAGUAAAAUGUCAGACGUGAAGAACCAGCUGUCGGAGGUCCGGAGCAGCAACUCCACGUCUUCCGACGGGCAGCCCACCUACUUCUCCGGUGACCAGGGGGCCUUGGCUGCGUGUGGGGCGGAGAGCUACAGCAAGCUGCAAGAGCUUGCACGGGAGGUGCUGAUGAAGUCAUUGCUCUCAGGCUACUGCGUACAGAACUCUACACACAAGAAAAGCCAUUCGCCCAAAGGUGGUCGCAGUGGGGCAGCAGGCAGCUUGUCCCUGCGAAGAGCCAUGGACUGUGGGGAUGGGAAUCUUCGCUCCAAGGGAGACUGCCAGAGUGCCUCUGAAGGUUGCCUCGGGAACAUGAAGCCCAGCAGCAGGCGCAGUUCCCCCCGGUGCCUGACUAGCAGCUGUGCCUCAGAGGCAUUGAUGAAGCCUGAAGACAGGCAUUGUGAAGCCUCUGAUUCUGACGCCAGUGCUUCCGGUUCAAAUGGCGUAACGCCUGUGGAAAAAGCAAGGAAAAUCAUAGCACUGGGAUGCCGUCUGGAAGGAACUGAGUCAGCUGACUUGGAAAACAACACUGAACCUGGAGAGCUGCAGCCUGGGAUUUCUGAAGGAGCUUUGGCAGGCCCAGAAGAAGCUGGGCUUUGCCCGAAGCACAUCCUUCACCUCCUGCCAGGCAUGAGCAGCGACAGCGACAUUGAAUGUGACACGGAGAACGAGGAGCAGGAGGAGGUGGAAGCUGCCAGCACCUCCUCGGAUGUCUUCAACCAGGCUUUCCGGGCCCCGUCUGCCAGUGAAGCCUUAGAGCUGUGUUCUGUUUUUCCUGAGGGCGAUGAAGUGGGCUCUGAUGACCUUCCCUUUGCCACUGGAAAAGACUGCACAAGGUAA